UUACAGCAUCAGCAUAUCGUCUGUGAUCCUGGUAGUAGAAACCACAGAGGACCCCAGAACAAAUUCAUCUGCAUGGAAGAUCUACCUAACCUGAAUCCACUCUGCAUUUCUCUUUACAAUUAUGCUAAGGAAUGCAUUGAGCCGUUGGCUAUUCACUACAGUUAUCUGCCAAAACCCUCUGGUAACUGCCGUGCAUUCCUCAAGAAGUUGUCCUCAUGAAUUUGCUUUAUGGUUACAUUAUCUCCUUUAGAAAACUAAUUUCAUAUUAGGGUAAUUGCCUCUGGUGGGGUUAUGCAGGGUUGUCUUGUGUUGAAGAAAAAAAAGAAGAAUCCUGAUGAAGGGGACGGGGGAGAGGAAAAGUCAUGCUGGCCCUCCCUCCCUAUUUCUGUCUCUCAGUCAGAUGAGGUCAUCAAACACCAACCUGCUUUGUAUAUUAAUGAUGUAACAGCCCAGGAUUUUUGGACACCCCGUCCCCAGAGACUGCUUGGCUGGUGGCAGAGGAAGACUUCAUCUUGAUUUAAGAGAGAUAUAACACCCUCGAUAGAACUGUGACAAAGGCUAGAUAGGCAGUGUGAGAGGAGAUAGUGAGGGAGUGUAGACGCCAGCAGAGAGGAGAAGACAGGAGAGGAGCGAGGCAGAGGAGGGACUGAGCGAUACUCUGUGCCUUUAAAGCACCAAGCCCCUCCUCCACAGAGCUGAGCAGAACAGUCGAGUGGUGCUGGCAGGAACCUGAGCCCCACGAUAAACUCUGGCAUCAGCUUCCUUUCAUCCGGCAGUCAGCGAGGACACAGUGAGGGCGCAGGGGCAGAGAGACAGGGACGGAGAAAGAGAAAGAGUGACAGAGAGGGGGGAGAGAGAGAGACAAACACAGGCAGAUAGACAGAGAGGGAGAGGCUGUCAUUGGAAUCACACAGCUCCUUUUUCACAGCAGCAGCUCAGCCGCUCUGUCUGCUGCCUCCCAAUGCAGGCAAACGCUGACAGGGAUGACGGGUGGCGUGUUUUCGGCAGCGCAGUUAUCUGAGUGAUGGUAGCGGCCGCGGUGGCAUCACAAUCCAAAGCAGGAGCUCUCCUCGCCGCUCUGACUCUUAGUCAUCCUCAGCCUCCUCUCUCCCUUCUCAGAGUGCUAUCAGGGCCAUUCAUCGUUCCCACCUCAUGCCUCCUGCCUCCUCCUCCUCCACAGCUUCAUCCUCCACUUCUACUCCUCCUCUGAUGAGCCACAGCCUCAGAGUGAAAUAACCCUGCCGAUAGAAGCUUCUCUCUCUGUCAAGACAGUGCCAUGUGUGAUUGGCCGGCGCUCCCCGUGGCAGUGGCAUCGCCCUGGAUUUGGCGAGAAGCUCUCCCCCCUGCUUGUUCUCUGGGGCUCCUCUGGGAAGCUUUCAUGGGAUUUAUCUCGUCCUGCUGGAUGGCACGGAGCUCUCUGCCUCUCUGAAAAGAGUCCAGAGAGAAAACAUACACUACACGGAUAAGAAGUAAAAUAAUUAUCCAAUCACAGCACAAGGAGGCAGACCGGGUUCCCUUAGCAACAACUGAAGGAGAGAAGAGAAUCCUUUUCUCUCUCUGCUCCCUUGGUUUUUGGGCACACCCCAGUGGGCUGCUGUGGGUCAGUGUUUUGUGAGAGGACUUGGAGAGCGCUGUUGCAUAAGACAAGCUGCCACCCAAAUUCCAGAGGAAGGUGCUUGUUCACCUUCCAGCCCCCUUGUAACUGCGUCUCAUCGACACCAUGAUUUUUUUGUUAUCCCUCCACAAAUUCUCAUCACGAGUCACGUUCCGCUGGCUUAGAAAUCAAUUCAUUCUGAUCCCACGCCACCUGGAAUAAGCCCUGCUUUGGGGGGGGGGGAUACUGGACGCUCUGUGCAAAGACCCACACCUACCUUUGCUCGCUUUCAUGGACGAGAAAUGAAGGACAACAUGAUUAAGUCAUCAUCUGCAAAGAAAAUGGAUGUGAGGCAAAGUUUAUUUUGAUGAGUUUCUACUGAGAAUCUUUUUAUUUUUCCUGGAGGAGGAAACGCCACACUGCACAGAGGAAUAUCCCCUUUUUCCAAACAGGAUCUGUCCUUUCUCUCUGUAAAGACAGUAGCCCUCACUGAGGGAGUAUAUUUAGACGGCAAAUCUCGUCCCCGCUGGCCACCAAUAAUGUAGAACACGAUAAUUUUGAAAAUCGAGCCACUGCUGGGAGUUCUAUUUUUCUAUCUCUGUUGGAUAGCUCGCUCUAUAAAAGGGUUGAUAUGAAUCCCUUUUCUGCUUUCACUUUUGUAUGUUAGCCUGCCAUUAUGUCACUGUGUUUCACAAGUAAAAAAGGUUGUACAGGACAAGUGGAAAAGGGAAGAAGUCUCUACCCUGUAUAGACAGGCAUUUUAAAUAGCAUCUCUUCGGGAACAAUUUCAAACGUACACAAUGACACAUGAGAUGAGUUGGCUCAAUAUGAUUAUGUAAGAGUUUCAUACCAGCUUUAGCCCAUGUAUUUUGCCUCUUCCUUGUCCAUGGAUUUACUGCGUUUGACUUUUCCCGUCCUCAUUUUCUCUUCGUUUUUGGAAGCGUCUACCAGAAGGCAUGGAUGUCAGAGUGUGACCCUGUGCCGAGUGUGCGGGCGAGGCAAGGUGUUUUGGCUGCCCAGGUGCUUUUAAGAUGUUGAGGUCUCCCUGCGUGGCCGGGGCCCCUGUUCGGAUCAGUAGCACUGAGGCUCCUUGUAGCCAAAGACAUGGACCCCGACUCGGCUCCCCCACGCCCUCAGCCUGUUGGCCACUGGCCCCACGUCGCCCUGUAAAGGAUGUCCCUAAGCAGAGCUCCGGCCCGGGACACCUCUGAGACCCCCAGCCCGAGAGAACGCAUCCGCAGCCACAUGAAGAUGGUGAUCGACCAGCUGGAAGGCAUUCUCAAAGAGCUCAAGGAUGUGGCCAAGGAACUCCGGGAGGUGGUGGGUCAGAUCGAUAAACUAACGUCCGACUUUGACUUUGACCUGGAUCCAGAUGACUGGACGGUGGCCACAGCCAGCAGCACGUCCAGCAGUGAGCGGGGUUUGGGAGAAGCCUUCAGGCUGGACUUCCUCAAUGCAGAUGUGCUUUCUGAUAGCUGGGAGUUUUGCAGCUACCUGGAGGCUGCUGGCGCCGCCGCCCGCAGACCUGGUGAGCAACCAGGAGAUCUACGACCGGAGCUGGGCCGCGGAACCAUCCCCACCCAGACGCAGACCCCCACCCCGCCCCCCACCACUGCCUCGGUCUACUCCCAGAUGAAUGGCGGGCUGCCCAUCCCCAAUGGUCCCCGCAUUAUUACCCCAGAUUCAUCCAGCGAGGAGGCCAGCAGCUCCACGCACAGCCACAAGACUUCCCGUACCUCCGGCACAAGAGAAAGAGUGCGUUUCAGUGACAAAAUUCUGUACCACGCGCUGUGCUGUGAUGAUGACGAGGAGGAGGAGGAGCAAGACGACUUACAGGAGGACAAGAGUGGCUGUGCUACACCAGAUAGCGAUACUGAGCCCAGUCUCCUGGCCAGCUCGGUCGCCCCCAAACGUUCUUCCUCUGAGCACUCACUCCUCCAUAACUGUCUGGACCCUUCGUAUGUCUCCUCGCCAGUGAAGGGGAUGACAGGAGCUCACACACUACCCAGGAAAGGUCUCUUAAACCCCGGCUGCCGCAAAAAACUGUUACGAAAUAGCAGCACACAAACUGUCUCUGACAAGAGCACCCAAACUGUACUGCCCUAUAUUCCAACCAAACAGAAAACAAAGGACCACUGAGAAAGCCCUAAGUUUAUCAUAAAUCUCAUGAAGAGGACUGUGCAUUAUUUAAUAUUAAAUACAUAGCUCAUAGAUUAAUACACAAAUAAAUUAAUUACUAAAUAAAUAAAUGAUAUAUGGGAAAUCACUCGACUACCUAAAGUCAUUCUGAGGCUCAGGGAAAACACAAUGAAAUGAAGCAAAGCAGAUCAUUAAGAUGAAAGUUAGUGGUGGACCAAAAGGUUAGUGCCUGUUCUAAUGUUUAAAGAUACACUGAAUGGAUUCCCUAUGUGUAAUCAUUUGAAACAAUGACAGAGAUUACAAAAGCAAUCAUUUUUAAUAGAACAUUUUAAGUGUUCAAAAUUGGAAGUGAAGUAUGACGAGUAUGAAGAGGUCCUUUCCCCUCCUCAUACAAUAGUAUAAGUCACAAAAAAAAAGAAAAAAAAUGCUUGUUCCUAUAAUGUGGAUACAAACCGCUGCACAUUCUGUACUCUGAAUCUGUAUAAACAUUGUCUUUUUUCAUGUUCAAGUUA